AUGAUUUUCAGAAGAGAAGAGCCUCGCUUAUAUAACUUGGACAAGCUAAAACUAUUCGUUGCAGUGCAUUGGCGAGGAAUUAUUUGUGUGUUUGUCCCUAUUUUUUUUAUCCUACUGUUAGCACCCUUUCCUCCAAAGCCACACCAAUGGACCGCUUACUGCUUAGCUGUCAUGGGUGUAUUCUGGGUGACUGAAUGUAUUCCUUUGGCAGUAACAUCGUUUUUGCCAGUAAUAAUAUUUCCAUUGACUGGGAUUUUAAGUACAGGAGACGUUUGCAAAUGUUAUGUCAAUGAUUCCAUGCUGAUGUUCGUGGGAAGUUUAAUUUUGGCAUACUCUGUUGAGCAGUGUGGCUUACACGAGCGAUUAGCUUACAUAGCGAUCCGAUCUAUUGGAUAUUCACAUAUAAGGUUAUUAAUUGCUAUGUGUAUUGUAACUACAUUCGUUUCUAUGUGGAUAACAAACACGGCAGCAACGACUAUGAUGGUACCUAUUAACUUUGCCGUGCUGAAAGUCUUUGAAGAUCAAAAACUAUUAAAGGUUUAUGACACAACUAGCGAUGGUGAAAAAGUUGCGUCUGAUAUAACCACGUGUUAUUUUUGUGUUGCAACAUUCUCUGCAACAAUUGGUGGUAUUGGAACUCUUGUUGGAACGGCAACGAAUUUAGUGUUCAAGGGCCUAUUUACCACGACAUAUCCAGCCGCUCCUGAAUAUUUGUCAUUUCCGAAGUUCUCCGGUUUCGGAAUUCCAUAUAUGAUUUUACUAGACGCUUUCAUGAUCCUAUACAUGUUAAUAAUAUAUAUUGGAUUUCUGAGGCCCAGGACUGCAAUCGCAAAGCAAAAUCAAAUUUCUCCCGAAGGCUUGAAGGCAGCCAAGAAUGCUGUAGAAACUAAUUAUAGUAAAUUAGGACGCGUAACAUUUUGGGAAGGAAUGGUCAUAAUAUUAUUUGGUGGUGCAAUGGUAGGAUUCUUCUGUCGGUCGCCACAAAUAUUCCAUGGAUGGGGAGACGUUAUUAAUGAUUAUUUUGAAUUGAAUGACCCGAAGUUCGUUCGAGAUUCCGCAUUAGCUGCGCUUGUUGCAUUUAUGAUGUUUCUUUUGCCAUCAAAUCUUUCAUUUUGUAAGAAUUUGAAAGCGAAAUUCCAUGAAGAGUUUCCUAGGGAAAGAGUUCGGUCGGUACUUGAUUGGAAGAGCUUGAUAGGUUCAAUGCCUUACAGUUUUACUUUUCUUCUGGGUGGUGGCUUUGCUCUGUCGGAAGCUGCCAAAAAAACUGGAUUUAACGAGAAAAUCGGAGAAACUCUGCAACACCUGAAAUCAUUACCAAAUGUUUUGAUCAUGUUGAUUGUGAUUAUAUUUGUUAUACUAAUAACUAACGUUGCAUCAAACGUGGCUGUUUGUAACGUUCUUACCCCAAUCUGUAUGACGCUGGCUAAAGAAGUCGGACAAAAUCCUCUAUGGUAUGUCUUGGCGAGUGGAUUUUCAUCAUCGUAUUGUUUUAUGCUUCCAAUAGGAACGCCGGGCAACUUAGUCGUGCAAAGUGCUGCCAAAAUACCUACACGUAAAAUGAUAAAAGCCGGGUUAGGACCGACAAUUACAACAAUUAUUAUAACAUGGCUAAUGGUUUAUUUCUACGCUCCUGUGAUUUGGCCUGAUCUUCCCACUCUUCCUGAUUGGAUUAAGUAAACCUAUGGUUUCUUCUUUUAAUUGUUUGAAUUCCAUUUUACA